AUGGAUGUCGAUGAUGCAGUAAUGAAAUAUCAAGCAAAUAUGGAAUCUGGCAUCGUUAAUAUUCAAAAACAACGGGUACAAUUGGUGGGUCAAAAUCUCAGCAAAAAGCAUCGAAAGAAAAGCAGUCUAAAACGUGCUGAAAUCCCUAGUGAUUCGAUAUGUAUCCAUGAUAACACUGACUGUAUAAUGGAUAAGUCUGUAACAACAAAACAACAAGUUUUACAACUACUUGUUAUAAAAAAAGAUCAAAUAAUUAUCAAUGAAACUGAAAACCUUGGAACAAAUGCAGCUCCGAUUAUUGAGUAUGCCAAAGAGCCUUUGCUGCCUCUCGCAGAUGCAUGUGCUCCGCUGGUUGACAUUCUUUAUGAUUUACCGACUUAUGUUAACAUGGCACUUGAUGAAACUCCUAAAGAGCCACUUGAUGGAUUAACCGUUGAUGAGAGCGCUGCUAUUCGUCUCUAUACAAUCGAAUGGGUAGCACCACAUCGAAGUCUUUAUUCGAUGCUUAAUCAUACUUUGAAGUAUGCGAGUCGUGACGAACUUCGACCGUAUUUUAAAUAUAUGAAACUAUUUUUAACUGCCCUCGCCAAAUUGCCAUGCGUUCCACCAUUGACUGUUUGGCGAGGAGUAACUAAAGAUAUGAGCGCCGACUUUCCACCUGGUACUCUAGUGACAUGGUGGGCAUUUUCAUCAACUACAACUGAACUGACUGUACUCGAAAAUAAGAUGUAUUUAGGCAAUACAGGUGCCCGAACAUUGUUCUCCGUCGAAGCUAUCAAUGGACGAACCGUGCGUGCUCAUUCACAUUUUACUACUGAAGAUGAAAUUCUACUUCUACCCGGUACACACAUGAUAGUUCGAUCACAGUUUAGUCCGGCAUCUGAUCUCCAUAUGAUUCACUUGAAACAGAUUAUACCGAAGCAAAUAUUACUUGAACCACCUUUCGAAGGUAAUAUAAAUAUUUUCAAUCGUUUCAUUUUUUAA